GUCGACUUUCCCUCCACCCAUUCCUCACCAGAGAAUGUUAGCUUUGAUCGCAGCUACUGCAAUAUUGGGAGCAGCAUCCUUUGCAUGCGGGAUGCUUCCUCUUUCAUUGACUCUUUCAAAAUCAUACAUGAAUCGACUCACAUUGGUCGGUACUGGGCUCCUUCUUGGAACAGCAUUGGGGGUCAUCAUUCCUGAAGGAAUAGAGGUACUCGUUGAGGCCAGCCCCCAUUCCGAAAUUCCUUCAACUAGGAUAGCACUUUCCCUUCUAAUCGGAUUUGCAUUCAUGCUUCUCGUCGAACAGUAUAGCUCACAUUCUGGCCAUUACCACCAUGGUUAUGAACUACCUCGAGCCGAAAAUAGUCACGCCCGCGCCGACGCCGGGUCGUCUGCAAUAGUAGAUUUCGACGCAGAGCUGGACGAGUUAGAAAGUGAACAAGGGAUAUCUCAAGACGAACGUACGACGCGGAAAGUCCAGGCGCGUCGUAGCGUAGACGGAGAUUCGCCAUCAAGUCCAGGCAACCUAUCACAGGCAAUUCCACUCACUCUUGGGUUGAUCAUACACAGCAUUGCAGACGGAGUUGCAUUAGGUGUAUCAUUCGCAUCGGAAGGCGGGGCAGCUACUGGAUUAUCUAUUAUUGUUUUUCUGGCGAUCAUUAUCCAUAAACUACCGACAUCUCUGGCAUUAAUGACGUCUCUUCUUGCCACCUCCUUACCCCGUUCCGACUGUAAAAAACAUCUGGUUGCCUUUAGUAUCUCAACCCCGUUAUCAACGAUUGCGACGUAUACUUCCAUCGUCUUCUUUGGUGGGGAGGGGAACAUGACAUGGACGGGAACAGCUUUACUUCUUUCGGGCGGGAGUUUUCUGUAUGUCGCGACCUCAGUGUCACAAGAUGGAGGACCACACGGAGACGACGUCAGUAAACCGUUGCGGCUCAGUUUCAUUGUAUUCGGAAUGUUUAUACCCUUUGGGUUGAGCUCGCUGUUUGGUCAUGGGCAUAAUUGAGGGUCUCCAGCAUUGUUAUUUAUGUACUUCUUAGAACCGGAUUUGGAGGUGUAGAUGUGAAAUUGUUUGGCUGUCCUUCCUGUAGUGGUGGUGAUUUCCGG